GGCGUCCGGCGAGCAAGGAAGGACUUCGAGCGGGGAAGGUGCGUAUGGAGGUAGUGGCUGGUGAGGGAAGGAGGAGGAGGAGGCGGCGGCCCGGCCGGCUCGGGCCGAGCAACUCCUCGGAACAAAAGCGGGCACAUGGGGGAGAGAGGAGGGGGAGCGGCCGAGCUCACCACGCGGCCGUUAGCCGCCUCGAGCGCGGUUCAAAAGUUUGGGGGUGGGGUGGGGGGCGCUUCCCCGCGUGGGCUUUUGUUCUGUGGGAGGGGCGGGGGCGGCGCCGUUGCCUCAGCGGGGCCCUGGCCGGGGCUGCGUGCGAGGCGGCUUAAUCCCCCUCCUCGCCCGCUUUCCCUCUCGCGCUAUUUCUUUUCUCCCUUCGGUUCCCGCCGAAAACGGGGGGGGGGGCGGAGAAGGAGCGCGUGUUUGAGGUAAGGGUCGCGGCGGGGGAUGUAGAGAGCGGACGGCUUCCCUCCCCCGCCGCGAAGUCGCCCUGCGGUGGUGGCGGUUGUUGCGGGGCCGCGGCGGCGGCGCCAUGUUGCCGAGGGGGGCGGGGUCGGGACAUGGCGGCGGCUGCGCGUGCUGAGGCCGAUUGUUCCCAGUUAGGCCGCGGCCAUGUGGGAGCCGCCGUUGCCGCCGCCACCACCCGCGAGGGGAGAGAGGGAGAGACCAAGAGGCGGGAGAGGGGGGGGGAGAAGCGCGGUAAGGGGGUUUCCCCUUCGGGAACAGGGGGCGGAGGAGAGCAGCGCGAGGGCGGCCCAGGCCUGGGGCAUAAAGGAAGUAAAGGGACGGCGGGCCUGGCCGGCUCGCGGGAGGGGGGGGAGGAGGAGGGGGCGCGCGAGAAAAGGGAAAAUACGCCGCUCCAGUAGCCGAGCCCUGACCCGCCGCCACAGCGCCCCCUGGCGCCCCUGCUGGGCCCAGGCAGCUCGCGGGCUCAGCACGUGCAAGCUCCGGAGAAGCCGCAGGCCCGGCUCGGGGGCGCCAUUGUGCUCCCCAUCUGCUUCCCGCCACCUUUACCCUCGCGGACCCCGCGCGGCUGCUGCCGCCGCCGCGCUCCUUAGGCGGCUCCCGCGCCUUUUUACCAACAGGUAGUUCUCCGAGAAAGGACCCGGGCUCUCUCGUGUGCGCAUUGUGGCUCGGUGGGGCGGGGGAGGGGAAACACGCGACGGGGAAAGUGAGCCUUGGUUUUGUUUUCUUUGGGUGCUCAAGGCUGCUUUGUUUGCUCGCUCUCUUCGCGGUAGCGGGCCCGUGGAGGAGUUUGGGACGUAGGUUUCAUUUUAUUUUAUUUCCCACCCCCCAAGAGGAAAGUUUCCCUUUGUCUAAGGGGGUAACUUUCGACUCGCUGCAUCUUUCUGGGUACUUGGAGAAAUGGAACAUGCACAUGUCCAAGAAAGAGGGAAUUGGUUUCAUUGUGCUAUCGAAAGACAGAGAUGUGCUGAUCCUCAGAGAAAACUAUAGCUUACAGACUCCCAGCUGCUUUAAAAAAGCUUCAGCUUAAUUCAAAUGGUAAGGUGUAAAUAAUUUCAUAUCAAUUGGAGCAGGAAGUCGAUAGUCACUUUUUUAGCUAUGGGAUUUUGAAGUCUUUAAGCACUUUGUUUCACAACAAUUGCUAUUUAAUAAUGCCUUGAUACACAUUGGUAAGAACAUGCUCAUGCAUGGUUAUUUAAUCUCCUGUUUUCUAAAACAAAUCAACAGCAUCCCACUAUGAUAAAAUUGCCUUCCACUUUACUUACACAUUAUGCUGGCCAUAGUUCUAAUCUUGGUAACUGAAUUAUUGUUCUUCAUGAUCAUUUAGUAGUUUACAGAGUGGUAGAUGAAAAACCAACAGAGGUAGGCCUCAUCUGGUGCAGAUUUGUUACCAUUGUUACUAUUGAAAAACCUGCUAAUAACUGUAUAUUAAUAGAACUUUUUUUCUUUUUUUGCCAGGUGAAGCUUUGGAAAUGAGAACAUCCUCUUCAUGCCAGAGUAAUGUCAAAGUGCUUACAGUGCAGGUAGUGAUAUAUAGAACCUACUGCAGUGAAGGCACUUGUAGCAUUAUGCUGGCAACUGCAGCAAAGGUUUUGGAAAGUUACUCUGUAAUGGCCGCCACAUGGUGACUGCUUUUUGUUCUAAGGUGCAUCUAGUGCAGAUAGUGAAGUAGAUUAGCAUCUACUGCCCUAAGUGCUCCUUCUGGCAUAAGAAGUUGUAUUUUCACCUAGUCAUUCACACUGAAUAAAAAAUCUAGUAAUGUUUUGCAGUCCUCUGUUAGUUUUGCAUAGUUGCACUACAAGAAGAAUGUAGUUGUGCAAAUCUAUGCAAAACUGAUUGUGGCCUGUUAUUGUCUACAUAUCAACAUUUUAAUGAUUUCACUUUUAAGUUAACAUAGGUCUCCAGAAGAGCAGUCAAAACAGCUUCUGUAGCGCUAAAGUGCUUAUAGUGCAGGUAGUGAUUCAUAAUCUACUGCAUUAGGAGCACUUGAAGUUCUACAAGCUGUAGAACUUCAGUUUCACCCAGAUUUUUCCUGUGUUCUGCUUUUCUAUGUGUCUGUUGAACACUGUACUCUGGUUAGUUUUGCAGGUUUGCAUCCAGCUGUAUGAUACUCUGCUGUGCAAAUCCAUGCAAAACUGACUGUGGCAGUGAAAAAUCAAUGAAUAAGCGAUAGGUUGUACCCCUUUCUACACAGGUUGGGAUAAGUUGCAAUGCUGUGUGUGUCAGUGGUAUUGCACUUGUCCCGGCCUGUUGAGGUUGGUGGGGCUAGAGCCUGGAACAACUUUCCUUCUCAGCUGAUGGUCCUGGAGCAACACAGAACAGUUAGCAAUGGAAUAGUUUCCCAUUGCUUGCUGUGUUUGAGUGGAGUAACAUGGUUGUACUGUUCCAUGUUUGUGGUAUAUCAAUUACUGUUUUCAAAAUUCUCCUUGUAAAAUCAGUAAAGUUUUGCCACACAAAGCAACUUGCAUAACCUGUAAAUGAUAGUGUUAAAUAAAUCACCAACUUUGUACUCGAAAAUCAAAACAGGUGUUUUUAUUUGUUACUGAAAUUUAAUUGAUGUAUUAUCUACCAUAGAUGCUGUGCCACAGCAGCUGAAACAAUCGGACGUUUUCCAGUCCAGUUUUUCAAAGCACCUACCAAAACACAUUACAUGGGAGCAGUGGCACAUGCUUGGCAGCCUUCCUAUGUCAAGAGUGAGGAGAGAAUGUCAGGAUGGGGGUAUGAAAUAUCCUCUCGUUCUUUGAUAUGGCUGUUAGAAGCCACUGCCUCAGCACAUGGGUUCAUAAGAUUUAGUCAAUAAUUACAUGCUGUGUGAUAUUUGCAUGGAUAUAAUUAAAUUCCAUAAUAUAUGCAGAAAAAGUGCUGUUAAAAGCUUCAAGAAAAAAUAGUAACUUGCAAAUACUGGUCAUCCUUUAUAUCUUUUGUUGUAUCUGAUACUGUAUUGUCCUAAACUGUUAGAGGCCUUUACAGUGUUACCUUGGGUUACAUACGCUUCAGGUUACAGACUCUGCUAACCCAGAAAUAGUACCUUGGGUUAAGAAGUUUGUUUCAGGAUGAGAACAGAAAUUGUGCUCUGGCGGCAGCGGGAGGCCCCAUUAGCUAAAGUGGUGUUUCAGGUUAAGAACAGUUUCAGGUUAAGAAUGGACCUCCGGAACGAAUUAAGUACCGUAUUUUUUGCACCAUAACACUCACUUUUUUCCUCCUAGAAAGUAAGUGAAAAUGUCUGUGCGUGUUAUGGAGGGAAUGCCUAUGGGUGGCAUGCCUACGGAUUUUCCUCCUCUAAAAACUAUGUGCGUGUUAUGGUUGGGUGCGUGUUAUAGAGCGAAAAAUACGGCACUUAACCCGAGGUACUACUGUACUUUUGUGGAACUUUGUAAAUUUAACUCAAAACCAUAGUUACCAUCAGCCAAAAUUUAAAUUGUUGAAGUCACAAUUUAGACUAUGGAGAGUACCUCAAAUAAUAAAAUUUACCAUGUACGUAAGCUUAAUUUUAUAACUACACUAAAAGAUGGAGCCAUGUCCAAAGUAGUUUUAAAUGCUACAAUGAAUUUUUAAAUUACUCUUAAUUAAGACUUUCCUUAAUUACUAAAAGUACAUUUUCCUUUGCAAUAAAAAACACUGAAAUAAAGUAUGCUUGGAUACUAGACUACUGUGAGUGCAAACUAACGCACAAGAAACUGGCAUAAAGCGAGCUUGUGUAAAGCUACUUAAACUUGCACCACAUCAAAACCCUGCUGGGCAGUGAGGUUACUUGCUGCAGCUCCACCUAAACCUUGCAGAAGGAAAACUAGCUUUUAGCAUAGUGUUUAAUGCUGAGUUGCAGUGUCACGUUAACAGAGUUGAACAAACCUAGGAUCCAGCCUUUCUCCCCUGGAAUGUCCCCUUUUAGGGGCUUACACUAGCCUCUGCUGUGCCAGAUCAAGCAAGUUAUACCCAUGUAUCCUCCACUAAUCCAGGGUUGGAGACUUGAUGCUAGUUGAGCGAGAAGCAUUCCAGCUCUUGAAAUCCACUUCAUCCUAAAAUCAUCCCACCAAAUAUUGAAUCAGGAUUAUCCCCCUGAUCUUGUAAUACAACACAUGAUUCUUCCGUAAUUAUUUAGGAUUGGAUUGCUGCUCACAGUUUUCUAGCCAUGUGGAAUGUGUGCAUGUAUUGACUGCAAGUUCUUUGAUAGGUUUGGAAGCAUUACUAAAACAGUCACAACUAUAAUUUGACCUUGCUGCUAAUACUCAAAUUUAUAUUACACACCCUUAACUGCAACUUGACUUAAGGUCAUUUGUGGUUUGGAGCUUUGCUUUUUCAAGGAAAAAAUGCCGCGUGUGUGGCAAAGGUAAAGUGUGGCAAAGGUAAAGAGUGUUAAAUGGGAUGUUGGAUAAGUAGUGAUGUGAAUAAAUCGCUCUGUAUGAAAUAAACCAUAAAUCAUUUUGAGUAUACUAGGUUUAGGAUUAAUUAAAUGGCAGCAUACUUUGAAAGUGUAGAUCACUAAUUAUUUAAGGUAGUUGAUAAACUUAAGGACGAAAAAUUUACAGUACUUGGAUAGGUGCUUUUCUUUGCUGUUCAAUCUGGGAGCAAGUGAAGCAGAUGCAAUGUAUUACUAGCUUGGUGGUAGUUAACCUGACACUGGAUUAAGGGUAUUCUCUAAUACAGAAUACAUAAAGUAAUUCCUUCUCGGUAUAAAAAUAUGAAAUACUAUCACCUCUUGCUGUACGUAACAUACUUAAGCAAAGUAUCUUUGUUGAAUUUAAUUGAAACAACUGCAUUUGUUAGCGUUAUAACAUUCUAAUAGUUAUUAUAUGGUAUUUAAAUUGAGGGGAAAUAAACUUUAAUAGAAAAAUUGUUGUGAUUGCAUGCUUAAGUUAUAGAAGAUUCAAAAAUAAACAUUUUAUGUUUUUACCUAAUGGGUUUAUGUAUGAGCAAUCCUAGAUUUCUAGUUUAAGGCAGCACUGUACUCUGGUAACUCUAGUAUUUACUUAAGGUUUUGGCAAAAACAGGAGUUUAGAAAGUGGCAUUGCAACAGUAUGACCCUGCUUUGUCCCUUAUUGUCCGCAUGUCUGUUAGAUUAUCUUGGCAAUGCUAUGACCAGUGAAACAGUAUACAGUGGUACCUUGGUUUAUGAACUUAAUCCAUUCCGGAAGUCCAUUCUUAAACCAAAGCAUUCUUAAACCGAGGCAUGCAUUCCCAUAGCAGUGGGCUACUCAGUUUACAAAUGGAGCACACUCAACAGGAAGCAGAACAUGUUCUGCUUCCAAGGCAAAGUUUGCAAACCAUAACACCUACUUCCGGGUUUGCAGUGUUCUUAAUCCAAGUUGUUCAUAAAAUAAGCUGUUCUUAAACCUAGGUACCACUGUACUUUUAACUGCUAGCAUAUCUCCCUCAAAAAAGUCAAAGGGAAGUUGUUAAUAAGAUGUUGAUUCUAAAUCAACUUGAACAAGUGGGCAUUCUAACUGGUUGCUACAAGUAACCAACCAGGCACUCUAGUUGCAGAUAGAUAGCCUUCAUGCUACUUUCAGUCAGGCAAAGGAACUAUGCAAGUUCACUUUAUUGAACGCUAAAUGUCCAAAUAAAAAUUCAGAGUUCAGGGCUAUAUUUGCUAACAAAAUAAUGCUUAUUCAAUAGAAACUUAAUAUAUAUAUGUCUUUGAGUUGCAUUUCCUCCAUCCCUAUUAGUGUUGUGUAAAAAAAAAAAAAGCAUAAUGUCAUGUAUGAUAGCAAUGGGUACAGUUUAAGGGAUUUGUAGGUAGGUAUUUUUAAACUACAGUGGUACUUCGGGUUACAGAUGCUUCAGGUUACAGACUCUGCUAACCCAGAAAUAGUACUUCUGGUUAAGAACUUUUCUUCAGAUGAGAACAGAAAUCGUGCGGCGGCAGCAGCUGGAGGCCCCAUUAGCUAAAGUGGUACCUCAGGUUAAGAAGAGUUUCAGGUUAAAAAAAGACCUCCAGAACGAAUUAGGUUCUUAACCUGAGGUACCACUGUAAACAGUUGUGUUACAUUAAGACAAUUGGUUCACCUAACCAUACUUUUUACUCCACUGUAGCAGUGCUCUAGUCUCAAGCAGAGAAGUGUUCUCCAGCUCUAAGAUGCUUCUUAAAUGGGAGAUAACGGGAAUUAAAUCUGGAACCUCAUGCACAUAAAGCUUUUUCUCAGGCUAUGCUCAGAUUCAGCAUCUGCUAUGCCACUUGUAUUUUGACAAUCUCACUGCCAUGCCAUUUUGCUGCUGGAAAACAUGCUACUAAAGAAAAGACAAAUUUGCAAAUGGUUCUGUUGCCAUCAAAUUAUUGCUACAAUUUAUGCAGUACACUCAAGUCAAAGGUUUUUACUGAAGAAAAAACAUUUAAUAAAAUAGUUAAAUUUAUAUCCAGCUAUAAGUAUUUUGACACCACAUCAGUGUCCAGCAUCCUAAGAAGAUGUGUGCUGUGCUUUAGACCAAACACUAUUUUAUAGUACACCAGUUAAGAGAGAUACAGGUAUACGGUUGGGGAAAAGCCAUUUUCUGAUCGUCAAUGGGAACCUGCUGGAUGGGGAAAGCGGGAAUGCUCUGCACAAUUUUAGGGAAUUCUGCAACAGCCACCCCAUUCAGCAAGCCCUUAGGUGAGGCCAUUUGUGAUGGGAUGUGAACUUUACCUGGGGCUCCAACCAUUGGCUUGAAAUCACGGCAAUUGCUUUGGUUCCUUCUGUUCCAGCUACAGCAUUGCUUCUGUUGUGGCAACUUGGGUUGAAUGCUUGCAAAUCUUAUGUUAAAUAUGAAAGACUUAUUUAAGAAAGAUGUGCCAAUGUAGCUGAAUAUUGUUCAGGCUUAAUGUACGUUGAAUAGCUCAGGCUCAUUGCGAUCUUUGUAGCAAGACUCCGAAAGCACACAUCUCUUAGGAAGCUAUAGGUUAAAAGUAAAUCAACUAAUCAGACAUGUUAGAAAUAAACUUCUUGCAUAAUUCAUCAAAACAACAAUGGUAGGUAAUAUUUAAUUGGUUGUACCCACACUUUGCAAUGCAAAAAUGCUAGCGGCAUACAGUGGAGAAAACAAGGCAAUUGCUGCUGAUUAGGCUCUCCAACCUUAUUCCUGCAUUGUUCUGGAGGGUGCUGGAUCCUGCCCAGAGCAGAUUUUGAUACACUGAGGAAGUGGCAAAAAAUGACCACUCUUAGAGAAAUUUAGAGUUAACUGACUUCGCCUUCUAGCAGGUUAUAAUCCAGCCAAUUAUGCCAUGGCCUAACAGGAGGCAGGUGCUUUCUGGUGGCCAGUCAAGUGUGGUAAAUGUUUGCUGCUGCUACUAAUCAAUUAAGUGAAUAGAAAAAAGCCUAAAAAAAUAUAUUUUAAAAUUACAUAAUAAAAUGCAUGCCCACUUUGUAUAUUGAGUAGGGCUUGUAUAAGAUUUUUUUUUUAAGUAGGUAGCAAAAACCUUCAUGUUAAUAGGCAAGGAAUUCCAGACUAGGUGCUGUCAAGCUCAGUUCCUUCCAAAAGCAAUACAGAAAUGUGGCACUUGAAAAACACUUAGUUCUGCAGAUUCAAGUGUUUGAGUGGAUCAUUUGGGUAAGGAAAGGCCCUUUUAGUACCACCUACUGAAACAGUGGAAUCACAUUUCAAUUGCAGUCUUUAAUCAUGUAUCUUCCACACUGAACCCCAGAGAGUCUUGCCAGGUAAAUGGUCUCAAGCUGUUGAAUUUGGCCCAGUGACAAACUGGCAGCCAGUGCACAUCUCUGAGCAGGGGUGUUAAGAUGCUGGCGGUCUUACUCUGUCAGCAAUCAUGCUGCAGCAUUCUACACUAACUAGUAGAGUGCACCUCAGUAAUCCUCUCUUGCAAUUACUUCCUGGGCUACUAUGAUCCAAGUUCUCCCAGUCCAGAAAUGGCUACAGCUGCUGUACCAGCCAAAGCUGGUAAAAGGCGCUCAUAGCCAACAAGGUGACCUAGUCUUCCAGUCGCAAAACGAAACACGAGUGGCCCACCACAGUCUAUAAGCCUGCUCCUUUAGGGGAAUUUUGAUAUCCAUGGCCGGCAGUGUGCCAAAAUGCCAGACAUGGAAACCUACAACACCUGUCUUCCAAGGACUUUAGUUCAGCUUAUUUUCCCUCAUCCAUCUCGCCAUUACGUUCAAGGGUUUCUCCAGAUUCAGAUGUGGGGGAAAAGAGCUGAGAAUGCUGUUGACACCCUGCCCUAAAUCUAAUUAAUGCUGCUAGCAGCAGCAUGUAAAAAAACAAACAAUGGAGAUAAAAUUGUGCCUUGCAACACUCCAUAGUAUAACUACCUGGAGCUGAAGGGCAUUCUGCAAAUACUAUUAUCUGAAAUGGGCACAUAGAUUUUGCAGACCAGUCUGUUAGCACACUCAGAGGGAAUCUGCGCUCCUAAGACUUGCUAUACUGUACAAGCAUACAAGAAGUUUACAAUAAAGCAUUCCAAAUUCAAUUCUUCCUCUUAAGUAAGAAUUCUGUGCCAAUAUCCCAUUGAAUGUGUGGAGCUAGUGACUUUUUUGGAUAGUGCCACAUUUCUAAAUGGUCUAAUUACAUAAAACCUACGUGUGACAAUACACAUAAAAACAAGGAAGAUUGCUUUUAGUUUAGAUUCCAACCUGUAGUUCUUAACCACAAAAUCAAACUUACCUUGUUGGGGUGUGGAGAGAAGAGAAAGUGCAGCUGAAAAAUUAUCUCGUGCAAGAGCUGUAACAAAAAAAGACACUUAAGUUACAGUGGUGCCCCGCAAGACGAAUGCCUCGCAAGACGGAAAACUCGCUAGAUGAAAGAGUUUUCCGUUUUGGAGGUGCCUCGCAAAACGAAUCUGCUAUGGGCUUGCUUCGCAAGACGAAAAUGUCUUGCGAGUUCCUGGGUUUUUUUUUUUCCCUUUUCCCCCUCUUUCUAAGUCGCUAAGCCGCUUAUCUGCUUAUCCGAUAAGCUGAUAAGCUGCUAAAAGCCGCUAAAAGCCGCUAAUAGCGCUAAUCCGCUAAUCCCAUCAAUGGGCUUGCUUCGCAAGACGAAAAAACCGCUAGACGAAGAGACUCCCAGAACGGAUUCUUUUCGUCUUGCGAGGCACCACUGUAUCUUCCUUGCAAGGGAAGCUGGUUGGGAAAUGUACCCUUCUCAAAGGAAUUAACCAGAUACUGCCAUUGCACCCCCCCCCCCCCGGUUGGUUUUGCUAAAUUGUUCCAAAGCCAGAAGGUCUUUCAGAGCUUCGGCUAUUUAUCUGAGAAUAGGGAAGUACCAUUAGCAAGCGUUCUAGUCCGGCCCUGCAAGCCAAAUCAGUACGUUCUACCUCAGUUCAGUGACUAAGCAGAAUAAUCGCCAACCUUAGGCUUGUGAUUUAAAGCAAUUUUAUUGAAGGCUUUACAUAUGUAAAUAGUAGACUGCAUUUAAAAAAGACAUGCAAUAUUGUCUUGAUAAAGAUGCUGAAAUUGGUUUCAUUAACAUACAUAAGCAAACAAUGAAGGUGGUCCAUGAGGGGAAAUAGGGUGCUGCUCCAGUAUCGCCAGAUUCCCUCGGCCAGCUCCCACCUGACUGCCUCCUUAUUUAAGUUUGGGCAUGGCACUGACAUUCAGUUUCCUACUCCUCAGUGUCAGUUUUGUCUUCUUAGAACUCAGGAGGAAGGAGGAGGGGGCAAAAACUACCUUCACUUGGCUCUGCCUGUCAUUGGUUCUAGUGCCACCUACUGUUGGGCUCCUUGCCUUCUGCCCAAUGCGCACCAACUUCCACGGAAAGCAAAUCCUCCUUCAUGGUAAUGGUGUGUUGUGUCCUGGUAGAGAAUAAACUGAGUUUAAGCACUUGCAUAAUAAGCAAAACAACUUGUAAUACAGUCGUCAUUAGCAGCUAGAUUUUUUUAUUAGGGCCCUUUAAUCUCUACCUGUAGUCACACAUGCACAGAAAGCAGCAAGGGCAAACUGAUCUUAGAAAAUUGGGCUGUGGCAGUAACAUCACAAACUGAACACAGCCACAGAUUGGAAUACCAUUAUGUGAAUAGCUGUACAGUGGUACCUCAGGUUACAGACGCUUCAGGUUACAGACUCGGCUAACCUGGAAAUAGUACGUUGGGUUAAGAACUUUGCUUCAGGAUGAGAACAGAUGCGGAAGCAGCCGGAGGCCCCAUUAGCUAAAGUGGUACCUCAGGUUAAGAACAGUUUCAGGUUAAGAACGGACCUCCAGAACGAAUUAAGUUUUUAAUCUGAGGUACCACUUUAUUUGCAAACUGAAAACUGAGUACAAGACAUGCUAUUGGAUUACCUCUAUUUCUGGAUUCAGUCGGUGUGAUUCAGAAAGCUGGUAUAUGCAUGAAGUACAAAAUUUAAAAUACACCUUUUCAUAUAUUUUUUCUUUUUUUGCCAAUAAAUGCAGUAAACCGGAGAGGACAAAACCUGAAGAAAGUGGUGAAAUCUGAAUCCUCCCUAGCCAUUGGGUGAGUGGCCUUGAUGUCACAGAGUGUUUACAAAUUGCUGCUCUAGUAAAUGAUGCACAGGAAGGCUGAAUUUUUGCUGUACCUCCUCCUUUCCUCACUCUGUGUGUGUCACAUAGUGAUUGGUACCAUAGAAGAAUACUUCGUUUGGGAUUCAGUGUGUGCAUGAACUGUUGGCAUCAAGGCAUGUCUAAAUCUCAAGCUAACUACAUUUUCACUGUAGAAAUGCAACAUACAGACAGUAAUGAGAAUAAUUUGUGUCUUCCCAGUAUUCUCUUACGAUCCACUUCAACUGUUACAGAUAAUUUAGUCUUACAGGGGAGUGGGGGACUGUUAGAGCUGUGAAUAUACUUAGGGCCUUACUUACUUGAUAAAUAUUCCCCUACCUCUGCUCCUGCAGCAGGAGAAGGUGUCAGGAUCCAAAGGGAAGAGUGGCUGAGCUCCAAUCCCACAGUUCUAUCUCUAAAAAUGAGAAUAUACUGUGUGAGCUCUUGUUUGUGCUGGUCCAGAAGUCACCUGCAAUUGUUAUGUUGGAAGCCUCAGCCAAAUAAAUUGCAAUCUGAAAAAUCACAUGCCUCUAACAAGACAAUUGUGCCUCACUAAGUGAAUACACAGGCCUUCGUGACACAUGUGACUGGGUCCUUUUGAAUCCCCAUUGAUAAUACAUUUCCAUUUCCUUGGCCAUCUGGUGGUGGCUCUUAAAGGGUUAGGGCUGUCUUAAUAUAAACUCCAGGACUGGAUAAAUAGUAUAAUGCCUAUCAACUUGAAGUCUUCCUCCAGACCACCAAACGAAUGAAAAAGUAGGUGACAGUGGGCACAUUCCAUUAUGUCACCUGAGUUUACAAAACAACCCUAGAUGUUUUGUAGAUGCCAAUCAGUGGAAAAUUCAACAUGGUAGUGAACGAUUAUUUUUCUCUUCUUUUCAGGUAG